CCUCCCGGCGCACUUCUGGCCCAGCUUUCUCGGUUGCACGUGUAGUUGUUUUGGCUCAAUCUCACGUGGCCGCGGAAGUGCCGGCGCUACAAGUCCGCCCCCAAGAUGGCGGCACCCAAUGAAUGGGGUCGCGAUCCGCUUCUGCUCAGUCUCGAAGUAUAGCCUUUGCGGUGUCUGCGGGGCCAUGGAGCGGCCUGGGUUCAUGGCUUCGCUGGUGGCUGGUGGGGUAGCAGGUGUCUCUGUUGACUUGAUAUUAUACCCUCUGGAUACCAUUAAAACCAGGCUGCAGAGUCCACAAGGAUUUAAUAAGGCUGGUGGUUUUCGUGGAAUAUAUGCUGGCGUUCCCUCUGCUGCUAUUGGAUCUUUUCCUAAUGCUGCUGCUUUUUUUAUCACCUAUGAAUAUGUGAAAUGGUUUUUACAUACUGAUUCGUCUUCAUAUUUGAUGCCCGUGAAGCAUAUGUUGGCUGCCUCUGCUGGAGAAGUGGUUGCCUGUCUGAUUCGUGUUCCUUCGGAAGUGGUUAAGCAGAGGGCACAGGUGUCUUCCUCUUCAAGAACAUUUCAGAUUUUCUCUAACGUCUUAUAUCAAGAGGGCAUCCGAGGAUUGUAUCGAGGCUACACAAGCACAGUUUUAAGAGAGAUUCCUUUCUCAUUGGUCCAGUUUCCCUUGUGGGAGUCCUUAAAAGCCCUCUGGUCCUGGAGGCAGGAUCACGUGGUGGAUUGUUGGCAGUCAGCAGUCUGUGGAGCUUUUGCAGGUGGAUUUGCAGCUGUGGUCACCACGCCUCUGGAUGUGGCAAAAACAAGGAUCAUGUUGGCAAAGGUUGGUUCCAGCACCGCUAGUGGGAAUGUGCUCUCUGCCCUGCACGGGGUCUGGCGGACACAGGGGCUGGCGGGAUUAUUUGCAGGUGUCUUCCCUCGAACGGCAGCCAUCAGUCUGGGAGGCUUCAUCUUUCUUGGUGCUUAUGACCAAACCCGCAGCUUGUUAUUGGAACUUGGCAGAGGGAGCCCCUGAAUCCAGGACGGCCCCACAUGCAUUUCUCUCCAGAAAGGGGGCUGCUGUGCGCACGGGCUCCCUUCCGGCGAGCAGCUGCUCGCCCAUCUGAACCUCCCGCACUGCGCCCCUGUGUGUGAGGAUAGGACCUUGAGGAUGUCUUGCCUGCUCCAGGCUGGCUGGAACGUCGACUGCCGCCUGUCUGCCAGAUCGCCAAGAGGACCGUGUCCACAGUGGUACUUGUGACCAUUUUCUCAGAACCCGUUAAUAAAUAAGUUUGGUGAUGCCGA